AUGGGUAAUCGGGAAUCAUCAACGUCUGCUUCUUCUUUCGCUUCUUUAAUUAGCUUCGAUGACGCUCGAAAUUUAUUAAGUGGAGAUGAAUUAAAACGAUUGGAAACGGCAUGGGAUGGUCGAGAUUUAAUUACAGAAGAUGAAUUUUUUGCCGAUAUUCUUUGCCAUCCGGGAAUUCCACAUACCAUACGUGCACGUAUUUUCGCCAAAUUUUGUCAGGGAUCAUCUAAACUCUCAUUUCAAUGUUUUGUCAUUGGAAUUGUUCUCUUGACAAAGGUGGAUAAGGACAUCCGACGUGAAUUUUUGAGAAGUGAACGUGAAUUAGAACUUUGGAUUGAACAACCGCCUCAGCUGACAUCUCGCCAUUCGGAAAUUCACUAUAACUUCUAUCAAGUACUUGCGGGUGUUACACAUCUGGAUGAGCAAGAAGUUGAAGAGUUGGAAAAAGUUUUUGGUUCGAUCAACGAUACUAAAUUGUGCAAACUUACUAGGAAUGGUUUCGGUGCGUUAGUUGGCGGUGCUAUUGCGAAUUAUUUCAUUAAUGGCUUAUUUCGCGCAUUUGAUGAAAAUGAUGAUGGAUUGGUGGAUUUCAAAGAACUUGUUUGUGGUCUUUCUGCUUCCUGCCGUGGACCACACACUGCUCGUCUUAAUUUUAUUGCUCAACUUUUUGACUCAGAUGGUGAUGGUUAUUUGUCAAAAGAAGACAUUCAUUCCCUUUAUGCGCAUUUAAAUCUCGAUGAAAAAGUACAAACUAUACAUAUGGAUGAAUUGGGUCGUGCAUCUUUAACAGAUUUUGUUUGUUGGGCAAACGAGACAAAAUGUGUGGACAAUUUGCUUGAAAUAAUUGUUCAGCUUGGACACAUUUGUUUGGGAUUGCAUCCAAGUUCUGCGGAGAUUGAACUGACGGUUGUAUGUGGAUUCAAGCAACGUGUACAGUUGGAUGCAUUCACCGAGUGGAAUGUUGUUUCAUCGGAAUGGUGGCGGCAAUGGGUACAUGCGUUGAUGUCAAAUUCUAAAGUGCCUGCUAUCAAUAAUGCUUCAAUUAUUACUGUCAAACAGAAAAAUGAUUGGUCUUAUAAGAUUCCAUCCUUAUCAAAUGAAGGUGCUCCUUUAGCACAGAACUUAGUGCUAAACAAGGAUUUCGAAGUUUUAGCACCUUGUCUCUGGAAAGCAUUGUUGCGUUGGCACGGAAGUGCUGCUCGUGAGGGUAUUUCGCUUCAGCGGCGUAUUCUUCCAGCAAAAAUUAUAGAUCCGGCAGCAGCAAAUCCUACAGAACCUGUUAUCGAGCUAUAUCCACUAACCUUAUUGAUUUUAAGACACGGUACUGCUUCCGGAAGCUGGUUACAUUCUGCUUUUGAAUGGAGUAAAGAAUCUUCUCUUCGAAGAUUACCGUGGUGCGUGGUGUCGGAAUCACGUAUUUGUACUGUUGAGAAAUUGCUUGAACUUCUGACGCAUCAGUUACACAUAAGUGAUGUCGAAUCAGCUCGCUUAUGGACUGUUGAAAUUGAUGGUUCACCGUGCAAGCGAUUACUUGACAAUGAUUCAGUUACUCUUAAUGAUCUCAAAAUUCGUCAGAGCGCACAAUUGCUUCUGGAAUUACGAAACGCUGACAUGAGUUGGCCGGAAGAAGUUAGCUGUUUAGAAAGCAGCAAUGCUGAAAGUUAUACUUCGGACAAUUCUGAUUCAUCAUAUGUUCUUGGUAUUACUGGCUUGUAUAAUAUGGGUAAUACAUGCUAUAUGAAUAGUGCUCUGCAGUGUCUCAGUAAUACACGACCACUUACAGAUUAUUUUCUUGAAGGCCGACAUAAAGAUGAUAUGAAAGGGUUAAAAUCAAAAGGGAUGGUAGCUACAGAAUAUGCAAACGUUGUGAAAGAGUUGUGGUCUGGUAAAAAACGUAAUAUUGCGCCUAUUAAAUUACGUGAAGCGAUUAGAUGUGCUGGUUCAAUGUUUGCUGAACGCUCACAACAUGAUUGUCAAGAGUUUUUAUCCAUUUUGCUCGAUUUACUGCAUGAAGAUUUAAAUCAAAUUGAAAGCAAAGUAUUCAUCGAACUUAACGAUAGCGAUGGUCGUCCGGAUUCUAUCGUUGCCAAAGAGGCUUGGGAUGCGCACUUAAAACGGGAUAAAAGUAUCAUUGUUGAUUUGUUUACUGGACAGUUGCGUUCAACGCUUACUUGCUUAAAUUGUGAUGCAAUAUCAUGCAGAUUCGAUGCUUUCACUUGCUUGCAACUUCCUAUACCUAUUGAUCACUUGCUACUUAUCUCGGUUGUUGUGGUUAAGCGUGACGGACAAAUCCCCAUACGUUAUGCGUUUCGCUUAAGCUAUGAUACCACAAUCGGCAUAUUUGAAAAGAAACUAGCAGAAGCUUCUAAUUUACUUCCUAAUUCAUUUCAAAUUCUUUGUUUGAAUCGUGCGGGCCAAAUGAUGCAAGAAGUUAGCGAAUCAGUUGGCGAUGAUAACAGUUCCAUUAGCGCUUAUCCAAAUGAUGCAUUGCUUUAUGCAUUUGAACUACCUGCUCAAGAAGAUCAAUCAAAUUCAGAACAUUUCAUAGCAGCACCAACAGUUAUUGCCGCUCAUCGUAAAAUGCAAUACAACGACUCAUAUUUGCUUGGUGCAACACGUGGUUGUACUCCUCGUGUUUUUGGUGUUCCACUUAUUUUACGAUUCACACCGGGCAAAACAACUGGUAGUAAGUUAUAUGAAGAAGUUUGGCUACAUGUUUCACGGUUCCUAAAGAAUAGUAGUGCUGGAAAACAGCAACGCACUAGAGAAGCAAAUCGUGCCAUUGAUGCAGCGGAAGACAUUCGAAACGGUUAUCCAUUUGAUUUGUGUUGCGUGAAGUUAUCAUUCGAAUGGUGUUCAAAAUGUUCAUGGCCAGCAUUUUGUCGUGGUUGUGUAAUUUUGAGUAACGAUGAAAUUAUUGAGGAUAACUUGGUAGCAGUUGCAAUCGAUUGGAAACCAACUGCUCUCUAUCUACGUUACCAGCAUUCUGUUGAAUUGCUAUGCCGAGAUGAUGGGUCAGUUUUACAAGCUUGGGAAGUACACUAUCGACCGUGUUCGCUGCUUUCAUGUUUGAAUGAUUUCAUGCAAGCGGAACGUUUAGACGACGAGAUAAUGUGUAAGCCAUGUGGAAAAAAAUGUCCAACAACAAAAGCUCUGGCAAUUUGGCGCUUACCUAAAAUAUUGAUUAUACACUUCAAGAGAUUUGUUUGCGUAAAGUCUGAACGACGAUGGAUGAAAUCUUGUAAGGUGGUCGAUUUUCCGUUGGAAAAUUUGGAUCUCAGAGAAUGGCUUCGAGAUCCUGACGUUAAGGAAUCAACUAAAUACAAUUGUUUUGCUAUUGCGAACCACUAUGGUGCUAUGGCUUCAGGCCACUAUGUUGCUUACGCUAAGAAUAAUAACCAGUGGUUUAGUUUCAAUGAUAGUCGUUGUCAGGCAGUGAAGGAAUCACAAGUUGAUAAAAAGAGUGCUUAUCUAUUGUUUUAUGAGAGAAUGGAUUAG